AUGAUCCUCAUUGCUAUUCCGAUCAGCAUUUUGGGAAUAUUUGGAAACUCGCUGGUUAUUUUUUUUCUUUCUUUUGCGAUUAAGAAGACCAGGUUUACUGUAUAUAUCCUAAAUAUAACUAUUGCUGAUCUUGGUAUUCUAAUCUAUCUAUAUACUUAUUUUAUGCUAUUUUUAAAACCAAGUAUUGUCAGUGCAUCUGUAUCCUAUGUAAUAGAACUGAUAUAUGCAAUUGGAUGCAAUUCCAGCUUCUAUAUGUUAACAGCUCUCUGCUUUGAAAGGUAUCUAUUGGUUUUUCACUUUACCUGGUAUCAAUGUCAUCGGCCAGAACAUCUUUCUUUCUUUUUUGUCAUCACAUUGUGGACAUUUUCUGGCCUGGUAUCGCUUUUGGAAUACUUUGCUUGCUAUCCAAGGUUCUACAUAUACUUGGAUGAAAAUACUUUAAAGUGCAGAAUCACAAAUCUAUUCCAAAUAUUUCUUGAGUUCCUGAUUUUCAUUCCCAUCAUGGUCUUUUACACUUUGGCUAUUUUUAUCAGAAUGCAGAAAAAAACACAGCAAACUCCACCAACACUUGAUAUCUCUAUUAUUGCUACUGUUGUUCUUUUUCUUGUAUUUGAUGUAUCGGUUAAAUUUUUUAAUAUUCUUGAAUUUUGGUUUGAUGCAGUACAUGUACCAACGUUUUCAGUGGCGGUAUUAUUUGACACCAUAAGCAGCAGUGUCAGUCCAUAUAUGUAUUUUAUUAUUGGAGGUUUUCUGAAAAGGACUUAUGAUCCUUUUGAUGUUUUUCUUGAGAGAGCUUUGCAAGAUGAAGAAACAAUAGUGGAGGGAACACAAAUGCAGCAAGAACAGCUUUCCGAAUGA